AUGCGUGAGAUUCUUCACAUUCAAGGUGGCCAAUGUGGUAACCAGAUUGGUGCCAAGUUUUGGGAGGUCGUGUGUACAGAGCACGGCAUCGAUGUCACCGGGAAGUAUACCGGAGACUCUGAACUCCAGCUCGAGAGGAUCAACGUUUAUUAUAAUGAGGCUAGUAGCGGCAGGUUUGUUCCACACGCGGUGCUCAUGGAUCUGGAGCCUGGUACCAUGGACAGUCUCAAAUCUGGUGCUUACGGACAGAUCUUCAAGCCUGAUAACUUUGUUUUUGGCCAGUCCGUUGCUGGUAACAAUUAG